CCGCAUAUGCAGUCCGACACGUUGAAUUGAUGAGCAAGGCUGUAUCUGAGAUGGAGGGCGCAGGCGCACGUGGCUUCCAGCCACAAAGCAUGGAUUCGACCAUCACCGCUUCGACAGGACUGCCCGCCAGCAUCAUUCUUCUUCUGCUUACCGUCAUAACUCUGUUGGCAGUUACCGUCCAUCGCAGCCUGACCAUUGAUCACAGUCCUGGGGAGCCUCCAGUUAUCAAGCCGGGAAUACCCUACAUCGGCCACAUACUCGGCAUCAUCAGAUAUGGCACCAAGUAUUUUGAGAUCGUCAAUCGCAAAACCCGGUACCCGAUCUACACGUUACCCACCUUAUCUACCAGACAGUACAUCGUCACGUCCCCCCAGAUUGCUGCUCAGCUUCAGCGACAGCACAAGGACCUCGCCUUUUACAAUGUCAUUCUGGAAGUUACUCGGAGGUUGACCAACCUCAGGCCAAGCACCAUGAAGAUCGUCAUGAAGAACGUCAACGCGGAGCAAGGUGACUGGGGCCUCAUGCCGACGAUGCACGACAUGUUCAACACCGUACUCGGUCGAGGAGAGUCGCUGAAAGAUCUCACUCGUUCGCAGAUGUCGAUUUUCUCAGAGAUGCUGAAUCAGGUCGCGCUCGGCGGGGAAUGCCUCGAGACUGACCUGUUCCAAUGGAUUAAAUCCACAUUUGCCUUUGCAAAUGCGAAGUCCAUCUACGGUCCAGAAAACCCUUUCGCCCUUGACCCCAGCUUGGUGGACUCUUUCUGGGACUUCGAGGCUGGCAUGCUGGCCCUUAUCAUUGACAUUUUCCCUUCCAUCACCACGAGGAGAGCUUAUCUGGGCCGAGAGGCAAUUGCCAAAGCCCUCGUAGAAUACGUACGAGAGAAGCGGUGGCACCAAGCAUCUCUCCUCAUUCAGAACCGCAUCAGCAUCAACCUAAGCCACGGAUUCACAGAAGCCGAAGCUGGUCGAUCAGAAAUCAUCCUCCUCUUUGCAAUUCUCGGAAACGCCGUGCCCUCAACGUUCUGGAUUCUGGCCAAUAUUAUCAGCCGCCCGGACUUGCUGGCCCAGAUACGGAACGAGAUUCAGUCGGCCGUUGCUGACAACGAAGACGGAAGCAAAAGCAUCAAUCUCUCGGUCAUUGAAUCCUCCUGCCCACUAUUUGUGUCGACCUAUAGGGAGUCUCUGCGCAUGAUCGGCAACCUUGCCUCACUUCGAUACGUGCUAAGGGACACGGUAAUCGGGCAACAUUACUUGAAAAAGGAUUCCAUUAUACAAGUGGCCGGAAUCAUCAUACACCAUGACCCACAAACCUGGGGUCGAGACAGCGACCAAUUCAACCCUCGACGGUUUAUUAAAGGACAAGAAUCUGUAGCCGAUGGAGAUUCAGAGCCGUCGGGCUUGGACCUCAGGGAGCCGGCGGCAACACAACUGCCCCCAGGUGUACCAUCAGCAGCAUUCCGGCUUUUUGGCGGUGGCAGUGUGGUGUGCCCAGGACGCCACUUCGCGCAGAGUGAGAUCCUCGCUUUCGUCGCGUACCUAUUGAUGGCGUUCGACAUCUCCGCUCCAGACGGAACACUCGUCAAACUGCCACCGCGGGACAACGAGAAGAUUCCCCUGAGCGUCAUCAAGCCCAAGGGCGACGUGAAAGUAAGCAUCAAAAGACGUAAGGGGUAUGAAGACGUUUCAUGGCGAUUGCUGGCAGAUGGCCAACGCUGAUGGACCUGGAAGCUGUUCGGUGUGAUGUAAACAUUCAACUUGAGCAAAGAAGCCCGAGGAACCAUCUUCCCCUGGAAUCCUGGAGGUUAUCUCUUCGAGGGACUCCGUACCGAGUAAACCCAGAGGAGGUGUAUGUCCCCCAUCCUUGCGAUGGUCCGACUGCAAUGUCCGGACAAAUGUUUCUCCACCCGAGCACAAGUGGAGACGCGACACGUUGCUUCCCCCUUUCGUUCCGUCAACCUUCAACAUGUGUACA